CUUUGGAAGACUUGUGACAACGGGUUGUAAUGUUAUGAUGCGGUAAAGUGGGCGUUGAAAGUGGUUUGUGCGGCAUUCAGAAAGAUAGACCAUGAAACUUUUCAAAUUAAUAGUACAUCACAAAUCGUUUAGUGGUGAGGAUCUUAUUAUCAAUCCUAAGGAUUUUCCAGGCAUUAAACAAGGAAGUGUAGUUGAAAUAUAUCUUCCUGAAGAUGAGUUCAGCCGCCUGUUGUUGCAGGUUACUUCAUUCAAGGAAGACAUGCAAAGCAAAGAUACGAUAAGUGUUGAACAGAGUAUUGCCACUGCAUUUCAACUGCGAACAUAUGCUGAUGUGUGUGUGAACAUAGUAAACCCUGCAGAUGUAGCUUUGGAUUCUGUUGAGCUGACAUUCAAAGACCAGUAUUUGGGGCGAAGCGAAAUGUGGAGACUAAAGAACAGUCUGGUGGAUACAUGUGUGUAUGUGAACAAGAAAAUUGAGUUCUGUGGUGGUACAAUUCGAUGCCAGGUCUAUGAAAUGUGGUCAAUGGGUGACAGAGUAGCCUGCGGUGUGAUUACAAAUGAUACUAAAGUUGUGUUUCGUUCAUCCACAAGUAUGGUAUAUCUGUUUAUCCAGAUGAGCUCAGAAAUGUGGGACUUUGACAUACAUGGUGAUCUGUACUUUGAGAAAGCUGUUAAUGGUUUUCUUGCUGAUCUCUUUCAGAAGUGGAAGAAGAACGGGAGCAAUCAUGAAGUUACAAUUGUGCUCUUUUCACGUACAUUUUACAGGGCUAAUAGUCUUGAAGAGUUCCCGUCAUAUAUGAAUGAAUGUUUGCAGCAGGAUUAUAAGGGGAGAUUUUAUGAAGACUUCUACAGAGUUGCUGUCCAGAAUGAGCGCUAUGAAGACUGGACAAAUAUAUUGGUCCAGUUGCGACGUCUUUUUACUGAUUAUCAAAAAAUAGUUCUAGAGUAUCACAAAAGACCUGGUGAACAUGUUCCAAAGGCUGUGAAUUCUACAGCUGCUCAAGGAAAUUUUCUGGAAGUGUUAAACAUGUCUCUCAAUGUGUUUGAAAAGCAUUACUUGGAUCGCAGUUUUGAUCGAACUGGUCAAUUGUCGGUAGUAAUUACACCAGGAGUCGGUGUUUUUGAAGUUGACCGAGAACUUACUAAUGUUACUAAACAACGAAUUAUUGAUAACGGUGUGGGUAGUGACUUAGUUUGUGUUGGUGAACAGCCACUACAUGCAGUACCUCUGUUGAAGUUUCACAAUAAAGACACACUCUUCAGUGCAGGAGACGAUUAUAGCAUGCCACAUUGGAUAAAUCUGAGUUUCUAUUCCACAAACAAGAAGGUAGCAUAUUCAAAUUUUAUUCCAAGAAUCAAAUUACCACCCAAGAGAAGCAAACCACUGACUGUUUCAAACAAUGGGCUGAUCCAGGCAGCAAAAUCAAAAUUGCUUCAAGAAGAUGACUGUAUGCCAAAUUCAUUGUUUGAUUAUGAUGCUUAUGAUGCACAGGUUUUUCAGUUGCCUCCUGUUCAUACAGCAAGAUUUUCUCGUAGUUUACAACGCAUGAAUAGCCGCACCAGAAGAAGUGGGACCCUGGAUACUCAGUCAAGCAGUGGACAAAAAACUGUGAGCAGAAAAAUGUCAGACCCAGACAUUCAUCAUUCAGGGGGCGAUAUUGGCUCUCCAACGGGCAGUUCUGCGCCUCGUUCAGCUGCAAUUUCCAUACCAUAUCACCACUCAAGUCAUGCGUCAUCACCACAGCAGUCAUCUGGAAAUGCAGAAUCACUUAAGCAGAAAGCAUUUGCAAUACAGUCUGAAAUACAGGAAGCUGAAACAUCUCCUCCAGUCCGACCUGUUGUUGGAAGUGCUGGAUCUCCAAACAACGUGCCCCAAGGACAAGUCAAUUUUCCACGGACAGGAAGAGCACUAAUUAAUCCAUUUGAUCCUUCUCAUGUAACAAUAAAGUUGACAUCAAACAGGAGACGCUGGACUCAUAUUUUCCCUAAAGGACCUACUGGAGUGCUAAUUCAGCAGCAUCAUUAUCAGGCUGUACCUACAAUACCUGCAAGUGAUCAACCUAUAUUUGAUGGAACAGCUACUUUAAGUUCAUCUCCCCAAAAUGAGAACUCAUCUUCAUCAAGUGUUUCGAGACCACUACAAAGAUCGUCAUCACAAGUAGCAUUUCAGGACAAUGUGAAGAUCCCUGGAUCAGUGCGCCCCAAUCUGUUGUCUUCUGGGACAUCCGAGAGACGUAUGCCAGCUAACAAGAGUCUGAUUCUCCUUUGGGGUGCUACAGGUGAACAGGAGUGGACUCCUGCCCUUACUACAGUUGGAAAAGUUAUAAUAGGUGUGGACUGGAAAUCUCUGACCAUUCCUGCUUGCCUUCCCAUCACAACGGAUUAUUUUCCAGAUAAACGAAGCCUGCAAAAUGAUUAUGUUGUGUCUGACUACACGCUUUUGCCUGAUGAUGUUAAUGCUGAUUUUGCUCAACAGAGGGCAAUAUAUAGGAAACCAUUAACUACACCAGAAGUGUUUCGGGAGCUUGUCUCACAGAGGCUCGCACAGGGCUUUCAGUUGAUUGUGUUAAACAACCAGGUAACCAGUAAACAAGUUCAGACUCCAGGAAAUAAUGCUACCCCAGUCUCUGCAGGUAUUAGUUCUGUUGUGAUGACACGCACUACAGACACAAUCAAAACAGAGGAGCAUUUUUUGAGCAUUGGUCGCAUGUUUCAUAAAAUUUCCCUCUGUGGAUCUGCAAUUACUGUUACAAGAUAUAGGCCAAGACAUCCUUAUCAUCCGUUCAAAGUUCAUUACCGCUACCGGUUUCAUGCCCCACAUCAUGACACAUAUGAAAUUUCUUGGGUGUCUUUCACAACAGAAAAACUGGAGACAUACAAUUGGAAUUAUUUAGACCAUUACAUAUGCACUAGAGGAGAUGUUGAUUUUGCUCUUGUUGAGGCAUUGAAAUACUGGCGCUUCCGUGUGUACCUACUACCCUUGAAUCAUCAAGCAACAAAAAAGAUUUUAGAUGGGGCAGAAAACUGUGAUAUUUAUGCACCAUUGUCCACUGAAGAACAAGGUCAUUUUGUUGAAGGGUUUCUUCGUUUUAUUGAAACAUGGGUCAAUAAGGUUAAAAGGCCAAAUACUCAUAAAAAACCUAGAAGCCCUGUUUCUGCGGGGAACAAGGCUCAUCAUAGGUUGAUUCUUCGCCGACAUAGUGCCAGUACGAUUUUUCUCUCCCACAAUAACACAUCAAGUAGUAAUUUGGUUACUGCAUCUGGUUUACAAACAACUAAUUUGCAGACUAGUGUGGUUGGAAAUUCACCAUUCAGAGAGCGGUUAGGAAGUAACAGAGUGUUGGAGAAACCACGACCAAGAUCUGGAUCAAAAGUAAUGGAGCGAAUAAAAGCUGAAGGAAUGAAUACGAGUGGACGAAUCUCACCAGCUAGUGAAGCAGCUGUAAAUGAAAAUAAAAAUAUCUUUCCACAGACAUUUGCAUUUGAGUCAUCUGUAGAGUCCCAAGAUAAUGCUGAUGACAGUGUCAACCAGACAGUUACGCAUCGCCUGAAAAGUAAUGCAUCCAUUCAGGAAAUUCUGGAUGCAAUGAAGAAUGUGCAGACUGGGGUUGGAUUCCUGACAAAUCAUCCUAGUUUACCAUCUAACACAUUUGUGAGUGCAGAUGCUGUUCAGUGGCUCAUAAACCACGUGGAGGGUAUCAACCAUGAAGAAAAGGCAGUGAAUUUGCUAACAAAUAUGCUAAAUGAGAAAAUGAUAUGCCACGCAUCUGGAGACUUUCGUCAUCCAAUUAUAAUUGGUUUUUAUCUGUACCAUAUAGUUCAGCAGGAAAAGGAUUUGAAAGAUGCUGACUAUGUGAGACCUAUAGGUGAUUUACCAAGUUUUGAGAAUGAGUGGCUGGAAGUUGAAGUGAAGCAUCCAGCAGGCUGGCAACAAGAACAGUUAACAUCUCCAACAAGUGAGCCUUCUUCCUCAACAACACCCAAGUUCCUGUUAGAUGAACUUGAUAAAUGUUGUCAUUAUCAUGGGGAUAACAACGACGCAUGGUCAGUGCCAUUAUACAAGCAUACACACUUGGAAACAGAUGUCAACAACAAGAGUGAUCGCAUUGAAUGGGGUCAUGCCCGUUAUCAGUCUGUUUUCAGACCAAACAGAGCAUAUGAACUAGUUGUGCAGUGGGUUGCUUCCUCAGGGACAAUUGUAGCAGAAUUGAUUCAAGGAUGGUCUCGAAAAGCACCAACUUGCGGAUUUCAAAUGGUACCAAUACCAGCUGAUACUAUUUCUCUUCCCUUCACUGACAAGUCUGAUCCUUUAAGGGGUCCAAUAUUUGUAACUCUUAAUACAGAAUGCUUAUUGGGUAGUAGAAACUUCUUAUAUGAAGACUACCCUGUGGAGACAUGGAAACAGAGAUUAUUUCUCUUCCAAGAAUCUAUAAUUGAAAGAUUUGGCUUCAUACACUGUGCGAGUGAAGGCCACAACAAUAACUCACUAGCAACAGACAGUGGUGGUGUAUCUCAUCAUAAUAUAUAUGUUCAUGUUACGGGAAAUGUUUUUAUACUGAUACCUUCACAACAUUGUCAGCACACACACAGUCAAGGAGAACCAGUUCUGCAAACUAAUAGUAGAGCAAGUUCAGGGGGGAAACAGCAACUCAAUCAGGAAGGGAAAAGAUAUCCUGUACAUUCUGAAAGUGCCUCAAGCCCACACGAGUCAUACAUUACAAGACAUGUCAGUGAGAAAUACAACAAAGAUAUAGGAAGUGAUCUAAGGGUUGGAUUCCUGUGGUCAUGGAACCAUAUGGUUAGCCGCCGAUGGAAGUCAUCAUCUACACCGGCUACAGGGGAUGAAGCAUUCCAAACUAAGCUUCUGAGAGAUUUCCGUGAUUUUUGUGCAAAUGGCAACAACAGGCUGCAGAAUUACUGGAACUCAUGUUGGCUUCUUAAGAAGUGAUUGUUUCUUGUUUUUUGUUUGUUUUUGGUUCCUAUUUUAAAAGUUUUGUAUAAAAGUAAUGUUUUGUGUAUCUUGAUUAGCUAUGUUUGUACAAAGUGUCUAAUGGUAAAAUAUAUUUUUCUACAAAAGCGUA